AUGGCCAGCUAUCGUGAUAGCUUGAUCGCGGCGAUGGUGGUAUUCCUCGUCAUCAACACUGCAGCGAUUGCAGCUCGUCUUUACGUGCGUGUCAAGCUUCUCACGCGCGCUAUAGGAAUGGAUGACUUGAUGCUAUGCCUCGUAUUUAGCGGAUACGUGAUACACUGCGGCUUGGAGUCCGCAUCUAUGUACUGGGGUUACGCGGCGCCUGCGGGCGAGAAGCACCCUCGCUACGACAAUGCCAAAGCGACCGACUUAUUGUUUGCGAACCAGCUCACCAUUUACAUAUGUGCAGGUCUCGUCAAGCUAGCGGUAGCUUGCAUCCUGCUCCGCAUUGUCACAAAAAGGGCGCUGCGAUGGCUCCUGUAUCUCUCCAUGGUUGUUGUCAUCGCAUGGACCAUCGUGAUGACUCUGUAUGCCUCGUGGCUGUGUGCGUCUGGGGGAUCAAGUAAUUACGCUGGGUCCAAGACGUGCUUGUUUGUCGGCUACUUCAGGACGAGCACAAACAUCAUCAUCGAUUAUUUCUACGCGUUACUGCCGGUCUAUAUCCUCUGGAACAUUCAGAUGAGUCUGAAAUUAAAGUUUAGCGUUCUUCUAUUGCUUGGAAUGGGAAUAUUUGCCAGUAGCGCAACAGUUGUCAAGCUUGUAAUAAUCAUCCGGCUCAAAACGGCUGAGGGCGCACGUGCAAAAGGAUUGCAUUAUGACCUCCUCCUUUGGGCAGAUAUCGAACUCGGCAUGGCUACCUUUGCGGCUUCAGCGGCCGCACUUCGCCCUUUGCUCCUCCGCAUCCCCGCCAUGAUAGAUACGUACUUCAGCAAAGCCAGCAGCAGGCGGGCGCAGCAGAGCAACAACAGCGGUUUUCAUGGCAUGGGCCCAUAUUUCGAGGUUGAACCUGUGAGUACUACUCAGGAUGUAGAGAUGGGGCGGCUGAAACAUUCGACCUCCGGCGCGCUUGGUGGGAUCACAAGGACGACGACUUUAGCCGUCCGGAUCGAUGGCAAUCAGUAUCUCCAAGGUCCAUCAACUGGCACUUUCGCGCAUUUUUGA